AUAAACAAAAAAAAAAAAAACAAAAAGUAGUACCCCAAUAGUUCCCAUAUAUCUAACCGCACCAGAUCCCAACUCAACAGUCUCCUCCCUUUCUCCUUGUUUUUUUUUUUUCAAAAAAAAAAAAAAAAACACAGAGAGAGAAAAAGAGUGAUCCACCACUUUCUCCCCCAUUUCUUCUUAAAUUAAAUCCAUUUUCAACACCAAAAUAUCUUAUUACCCCCGGAUCCAUCUCCCCUUUUCCCUUAAAUAUAAGUGUGUGUAGAUAUAUAUAUAUAUAUAUAUAUAUAUAUAUUUAUUUAUUUUAUUUAUUUAUUAAUCCCUUUGUUUCCACUUUCUCCGUUUUCCCCCAAUUCCAAAAUUCACCCUUUGAUCUUCGUUUUCAUCAUGUAAAAUACUAAAAUUUCAGUACAUGAUAUACAAGAGUUGAAGAGGAUCGGAGUGACGGAAUGGAUGGUUCACCGGCAAAGUUUCUGUUUGGAUUCCUCUUUGCUUCAAUAAUACUAUGGACUAUCUUCGUGUUUGCUUCCCGCAUGUUGGCUUGGAUUCUAAGUCGAGCCAUGGGAGCAUCUGUUUCAUUCCGUGUUGGAGGAUGGAAAUGCUUGAGAGAUGUCGUGGUGAAGUUCAACAAGGGUGCAGUUGAAAGCGUAUCCAUUGGCGAAAUUAGACUUAGUAUUCGGCAAUCCUUGGUCAAGCUUGGCGUUGGUUUUAUAUCCAGGGAUCCAAAACUACAGGUGUUAAUAUGUGAUUUAGAAGUUGUAAUGAGGGCUUCAAGUAAAAGCACAAAAAAGGUGAAGUCUCGUAAAUCUCGCAAGUCAGGUAGAGGAAAGUGGAUGGUUGUAGCUAAUAUGGCCAGAUUUUUGUCGGUUUCAGUGACUGAGUUGGUUGUGAAGACACCAAAAGCUACUCUUGAGGUCAAAGAGUUGACACUUGAUUUAUCUAAAGAUGGUGGAUCCAAGCCAGAAUUGUUUGUCAAGUUGCUGCUUGCUCCUAUCUUUGUUCACUUUGGUGAAUCACGAGUCAGUUAUGAUCAAUCGUCAGUGUAUGCUGGAUCUUUUCCCUCAAACGAUGGAUUAUUAGCCAUGACCGAAAAGGUCUCUGCUCCUUUCAGUUGUGAAGAAUUUUCCAUCACGUGUGAGUUUGGCCAUGAUAGGGAAGCAGGAGUGGUUGUUAGGAAUGUGGAUAUUGCCACAGGCGAUGUUUCCAUUAAUCUGAAUGAGGAGUUGUUACUUAAAAGAAAAGGCGGAGAUGCCUUUUCUUCUACAGGUACUGAAUCUGGUACUGCUGAAAAGCCUGUGAAAACCCCAGCUAAUUUGGCUAUUAUGAAAUAUGCGUCAAUGUUUCCUGAAAAGCUUAGCUUCACGUUGCCCAAACUGGAUAUGAAGUUUGUGCACCGUGAAGUGGGUCUUAUUGUUGAGAAUAACAUUAUGGGCAUCCAACUGAAAGGCACAAAAUCUCGAUCCUUUGAAGAUGUUGGAGAAAGUACGCGAGUUGAUGUUCAGAUGGAGUUCAGUGAGAUUCAUCUACUAAAAGAUGGUGGUAUAUCAGUUGUGGAGAUAUUAAAACUUGAUGUUGUCUCUUCCUCAUAUAUUCCACUUCAGCCUGCUUCACCCAUCAGAUCAGAAGUUGAUGUCAAGCUUGGAGGUACUCAGUGCAACGUGGUGAUGACUAGAUUACAUCCUUGGAUGCGCGUUCUUGCUUUGAGAAAAAAGAAAAUGGUUCUUCGAGGAGAAAGUACUACUUCUGAAAGAUCUCACUCAUCUGAUCAUAAAGCAUUCAUGUGGACCUCCACUAUUUCAGCCCCAGAAAUGACUGUAGUGCUCUACGAUUUGAAUGGCUCUCCGCUCUAUCAUGGUUGUUCACAGUCAUCACAUGUCUUUGCCAAUAAUAUAUCAAGUACAGGCACAGUGGUGCACAUGGAACUUGGUGAAUUUAAUCUGAACAUGUCAGAAGAGUAUCGAGAAUGCUUAAAGGAGAGUCUCUUUGGGGUUGAAACAAACAUGGGUUCACUUAUUUAUAUAGCAAAAGUCAGCGUUGACUGGGGCAAGAAAGAUAUGGAUUCACCUGAAGAUAGUCUCAAGUAUAAAACAGUUCUCUCUGUUGAUGUUACUGGGAUGAGUGUUCACUUAACCUUCCGGCGCAUUGGGUCUCUGGUGUCUACAGCUUUGUCUUUCAAGCGCUUACUGAAGAUUCUUUCUGGUUCUGGUAAAAAACCACACAACCAGGUGACAAAAUCGUCCAAGCCAUCAGGGAAAGGGAUUCAACUCAUCAAAUUCAAUUUAGAAAAAUGCUCUUUAAAUGUUUGUGGAGAAGUGGGUUUGGAAAAUUCUGUUGUUCCUGAUCCCAAACGUGCCAAUUAUGGAUCUCAGGGAGGUCGAAUUGUAGUUAGUGUUUCAGCUGAUGGUACACCCCGCACUGCAACUAUAACACCUACAGCUCCAGUUGAACUUAAAAAACUCAAAUACUCUCUGUCUCUUGAUAUUUUCCACCUAAAUCUAACCUUGAACAAGGAGAAACUAUCUACACAAAUGGAGCUUGAAAGAGCGAGAUCAAUCUAUCAAGAACAUUUGGAAGACAAUAACCUCCCUGGAGCAAGAGUUACAUUGCUCGACAUGCAGAAUGCUAAGUUUGUGAGGCGAUCUGGUGGUCUUAAAGAGAUUGCAGUGUGCUCACUCUUUAGUGCCACUGAUAUAUCAGUCAGAUGGGAGCCUGAUGUAUAUAUAGCUUUGGUUGAACUUGGGCUACACUUGAAAUUACUGAUGCACAAUCAGAAGCUUCAGGAACUUGGUAAAGACGGCCUUAAAGAAAAUGGGCAGGAAAAUGAGACUUCGAUGGAGUCAGUACCACUGGAGAAACGCAAGAAAAGAGAAUCCAUUUUUGCUAUUGAUGUGGAAAUGCUUAAUAUAUCUGCUGAAGUUGGAGAUGGUGUUGAGAUGACUGUCCAAGUGCAGUCGAUCUUUUCUGAAAAUGCUCGGAUUGGUGUGCUUCUUGAAGGGUUAAUGCUCAACUUUAAUAAUGCAAGAAUAUUUAGAAGUAGCAGAAUGCAAGUCUCUCGCAUUCCAAAUACUUCUAGAAGUGCACCAACUGCAAAACACGAGAUGGGCACAACAUGGGAUUGGGUUAUUCAAGCCCUUGAUGUCCACAUAUGCAUGCCAUACAGGUUGGAAUUGCGGGCCAUUGAUGAUUCUGUUGAGGAAAUGCUUCGAGCUUUAAAGCUUGUUACUGCUGCAAAAACUAAACUUUUGUUUCCCAAAAAGGAAGAGAAAUCAAAACCUGAAGAGACCAGUUCAUCCAAAAUUGGACGAGUUCGGUUUUGCAUAAAGAAGCUCACUGCUGAUAUUGAAGAACAACCAAUACAGGGAUGGCUGGAUGAACAUUAUCAGCUGUUGAAGAAGGAGGCUUGUGAAUUAGCUGUCAGAUUAAACUUUCUUGAUGAGCUUAUUUCAAAAGGUGCUAAAUCUCGUGGUGUUGCAGAAAAAAAGGAUUCUCUUGAAGGUAGUAAGAUCCAUUUUAACGGAGAAGAGAUUGACGUGGAGGACACUUCAGCCAUUCAGAAACUGCAAGAGGAGAUCUAUAAGAAGUCAUUCAGGUCGUAUUACCAGGCAUGCCAAAAUCUUGUGCAAUCACAAGGAUCAGGGGCCUGUAGUGAAGGGUUUCAAGGGGGUUUCAAGCCUAGCACUGCCAGGAGUUCUCUCUUUUCAGUUUCUGCUACAGAGUUGGAUGUGAGUUUGACAAGAAUUGAAGGAGGUGAUUCUGGGAUGAUAGAGAUUCUGCAAAAGCUUGAUCCAGUAUGUCGUGCACAUAACAUCCCAUUUUCACGAUUAUAUGGUAGUAAUAUCAAUUUGCAUACAGGUUCCCUUGUUGUUCGGAUAAGAAAUUACGCAUACCCACUUCUUGCUGCAACUUCUGGCAGAUGUGAAGGACGUGUCAUACUCGCUCAGCAGGCAACUUGUUUUCAACCCCAAAUCCAUCAAAAUGUGUACAUUGGGAGAUGGAGGAAGGUUCGUUUGCUCCGUUCUGCUAGUGGGACAACUCCACCAAUGAAAACAUACUCUGAUUUGCCCUUACAUUUUGAGAGAGCAGAAAUUUCCUACGGAGUUGGUAUUGAACCAGCUCUUGCUGAUAUUAGCUAUGCUUUCACAGUGGCCAUGCGUAGGGCCAAUUUAAGCAUCAGAAAUCCUAGUCCAGAUCCUCCGCCACUGA